GCAGGAAGCAGGAGAAUUGGAAUUUGCACCUCGGCUGACUGGAGACGGCCCGUGACCACUACACAUGAGUCAGAGCAGAGCCAGCCCCCCUACUCCUGGCCGGCCGCGCCCUGGCAAAGGAAGUUUUUGAGGAGGAGGGGUGUGGGGGGAGGAGAGGGAGUCACCCACGCAUCUGGGGCUGACUCGCUCUUUCGCAAAAUCUCUGGGAGGAGCCCCGGGGCCACAAAACUGUCUCCUUCCCCAGGCCAGACUGAGAGGUGCAGGGAGGCCGCCGACAGGACCUGCUGCCACCAGACAUGGGCCGCCCGCUGCUGCUGUCGCUGCUGCUGCUGCUGUUUCAGACCUGCAUUCCAGCCUCCUGGGGCCUGCAGUGCAUGCUGUGUGGGAGGACCGGGAAGUGCCAGGUGGAAGAGUGUGCCCCGGGCCAGGACCUCUGCAGGACCACGGUCAUGCGCAUGUGGGAAGGUGACGAGCUGGAGGUGGUGGAGAGAGGCUGUGCUCACCCAGAGAAAAGCAACAGGACCAUGAGCUAUCGGACAGGCGUGAAGAUCAUCACUCUUACGGAGGCCGUGUGUGGGUCUGACUUGUGCAACCGACCCAGAGCUGGUCUGCCUCCCACCUUUCCCCGAACCCGAAGCCGUUACCUUGAAUGUGUUUCCUGCGCCUCAUCAGACCUGAGCUGUGAGAGAGGCUGGGUCCAGAGCCUGCAAUGCCGCAGCCCUGGAGAACAGUGCCUGGAGGUGGUGACCCACCGGACCCUGGAAGGCAGUCCAAGGGAUGAGCACCACACCCGCGGCUGUGGCAACCUUCCUGGCUGCCCAGGCCCCACCGGCUUCCACAACAACCACACCUUCCAUUUCCUGCGGUGCUGUAACACCACCAAAUGCAACGGGGGUCCAGUUGUGGAGCUUCAAAACCUGCCUCUGAAUGGCCUCCAGUGUUACAGCUGUGAGGGGAACAGCACCCAUGGAUGUUCCUCGGAAGAGACUUCCCUGACUGCCUGCCGUGGCCCCAUGAGUCAAUGUCUGGAAGCCACUGGCAGUAAUGGCCUGGGCAACCCAAGCUACACAGUGAGAGGCUGUGCAACCCCCUCAUGGUGCCAAAGUCUCCACGUGGCUGAAGCCUUCAGCCUGACCCAUCUCAACGUCUCCUGCUGUUCUGGAAAUGGCUGCAACCAUCCAGUCCUGGAUCGCCAGCCACGCACGGGGGGUGCCGCCCAGCGUGGUCCUGCCCACCUCAGCCUCACCGUCACCCUGCUUAUAAGUGCCAGACUAUGGGGGGGCACUCUCCUCUGGACCUGAAGCCCACACUCCCCCUGCCCUGGCUGGAUCCAGGGGAACCCUUUGCCCUUCCCUCGGCUUCCAGCGCUGCAGAAUUGCUGUGUGACCUCAGGCCAGUGUGGUGCCCUCUGUGGGUCUCAGCCAUCCCAGCUGUCAAGACACCUGUCUCACAGAGUUGCAGAACCAGAGGAGAAAAGCUGGAGAUAGGCUGCAGGCCAGCGGGAGAGGUCUUGUCACAUUAGUAUUGUUGCACCAUCGUUGUUAUUAUUAAUUAAUAUUUGUUUUAUUUAAUAUUUUAUACUGAAGUAAAGAUUUUUAUACCAGUGAACAAGGCCCGAUCUUCCCGUCUCUGUAGCAUCUAUCUUUGGGAGGAUGAAGGCGGGGCAGGGGCACCUUUCCUGGAAUCAGGGGUCACACUGCAGGACCGAGGCAUUUGAGGCCCUAGCCUUGGGAAUGAUCCCAUGUAGACUCCCACCCAAAGCCACCUCCACAUCGAUUUGUGGGCUCCAACUCGCUCACCCAAGCACUCACCUUCCAGUCUCUUCUCCCGAGCUCCAAAAGGUCAAGACUACUUUGUUGUUCUAAGGAGCAGCAUCUGCCUCUCCCAGGGAGCUCUGAGACAGGAGAUGAAUGGGAGGGUUACUCUGAUGGCCGGAGCUCCCUGGAGGCACUGCAGUGAGGAAUAAGGACAGGAUUACAUCUCCACUGAUGCCCUGGUGGCAGGAGAUAGAGGCUGGGUUAUAUUUCCUAGGAUGCCUUCAGACUGACCGAGAAAAAGACACAAAUAUCAUCUCAAUGGCACUCUGGGGGCACCACAUUGAAGAAUCCCAUGCUUGCUGAGGCAAACCCGUAGAGACAAAAUUACAUUCCCCAGCACCCUAUGGCUAAUGAACAAAA